UAUGAGUAUCAUCUGUCAGCAUUAAGUCCGGUUAUAGAGGCGCAGUUUGAGCAGAAUAUGCAAAUCAGUGUUGCAUCUAGCUGUAUAUAACGGUAAAUGGUUAAAACUCCAGGAAUUUCAGCACAGCACUCACCUUAAACAUGGAGCAGCCGAUCUACACCACAAGGGCCCAUGUGUUCCAAAUCGAUCCAAGCACCAAGAAGAACUGGGUUCCUGCCAGCAAGCAGGCUGUCACCGUCUCUUAUUUUUAUGACAGCACGCGCAACAGCUAUCGCAUUAUCAGCGUGGAUGGAUCCAAGGUUAUUAUCAACAGCACAAUCACACCCAACAUGACAUUCACUAAGACGUCCCAAAAGUUUGGCCAGUGGGCAGACAGCAGGGCCAACACAGUGUUUGGACUGGGAUUUGCUUCAGAGCAACAGCUGACAAAGUUUGCAGAGAAAUUCCAGGAAGUAAAAGAUGCAGCGAAGUUGGCAAAGGACAAAUCACAAGAAAAGGGGGACACGUUGAGCAACCACUCCCAGGAGUCUGGACGGGAGACCCCCUCAGCAAACCAGGCGUCAAGCAUCAACGGGACAGAUGAUGAGAAAAUCUCCUUUAGUCCAGAGACUGCUCAGCUGAAAAGUGAAAAUGAACGUCUCAAAAGUUGCGUAGAGCAGAGCAACACCACCGCUAAGAAGUAUGAAACGGAGCUCCAAACUUUAAAAGAAAGUAAUGCCAGACUGGUGGAUGCACUGCAGGAGUCUUCAGCUAACGUAGAAAGCUGGAAGAAGGAGCUUACUGUCUGUCAAGAAGAGAGUGAGACUCUCAGGAAAAAGAUUGGAGAACUGGAGGCUCAGUGCAAGGAAGCCAAUCAGGAAAAGCAGAGAAACGCCCAGCUGACUGUUCGUGUGAAAGAGCUGGAGGCAGAGCUGCAGGAGAAGGAGCAGGAGUUGGAGAAUCUGAGGAGGCAGGCAGAGAUAAUCCCUCAGUUGAUGGGAGAGUGUGAGAGCAUCACUGCAAAACUGAAGGUUGCUGAAUCAAAGAACAAGGAGCUGGAAGGGAGAAUUGAGGGUCUUCAGAUGGACAUCGAUGACAGUCGACAGAAACAAGGAAACAUGAAGGGCGAGCUGAAGAAGUUCAUGGAUGUUCUGGAUGGAAAACUGGAUGAGCUGCACGAGUUCAGACAGGGACUCGCCAAACUUGGUGUUGAUAACUGAGAGAGGUUUUGCUGAGCUGAAAGUUUGAGAGGUCUGGCAUGAAGGAUUCACUAAAAUGUCUCUUCAGGGCAGAAACUAUGUGGCACCUACUCCCCCCAAAGUGAUGUCCUCUCUGAAUCUAUCAGCUUUGGCUUUUAAUAAACACUACCUUGUGAAAAAGAGUUGUUGUCAGACUUAAAAAAAAAAAAAAAAAUCAGAAAAAGAGGAGGAAGACCAGCAAGUCCCACAAAAUGGUUCCAUUUUGUGUGCUGGCUGCAUAAAACUACACCGAGUCGCACUUUGAGCUUACUCAUCCGUUUCUGUGGGGGAAAAGCGGCUUUAAAAAGCUGGUGGUGGGUUCUUAGAUUCUGUCCAUCUGUCUGUUUUCUGAAGGCUGUAGAACGUCUACAAAAGCUGUAUGAGCUUAAAGUAGAAGAGAGGACUUAAAAGGGCUAAGAUAAAUGAGACAACAUUACUGAAGUAAUAAUUAGUGAUAACUGUGGCCCCCGUUCAGAUAUGAAAUUUAAGUCCCUCUACAGACUGUCCUUGCUGCUGCCUCUUAUGUAUCUCAGGUGUGUUAAAGACAGUUUGUAUAUAUUAAAUUAUAUGCAUAUAUAUAAUAAAUGGCCGUGACACAAAGUGCCUCCAGGUAAGUUUAAAUCUCCCUGGAAAGGAAAACAGGCCAACCAAUGACCAUCACCAUAAUGACAACUUGAUUAUUUCCGUUAAAUAACCUUAAGAUAAGCUGUCCUCUCCGAUGAAAACAAAUAAAUCAUCCUUUCCAGAGUUGCUCAGAGGAACAAGCAUGGGAAGGACCCUCAGAGGAGACCGCAGCAGGUCAUUUUUAGUAAAGAACCUUUUGAUUAUAUUUGCAUUUAGAAGGAAAACUCAGGAUCUUUCCUUCAAACAUCCAAAAUAACAAUAACCCCCAUCCCACCAUGAGUGUAGUGUUGAAGGACUGUUUGUGUGCAUUAGUGUUAACAGACCUGCACGUCCAAGGCUGUUUGUGCUUCCUUCUUGUUAGCUUUUCUUACGGUGGUGGUUAUUUUUGUUUCCUGGAGGAGGGGAUAUGGUGCUGCUUGACAGGUGAAAAUGUGAACGUGUACUUCACUGAAAACCUUUGGUUGGAACGAGCCUUUUCACAAAAAAAACAACCUGUCUUUGGUUUUAGUCUUACUUGUUUGUUUAUUUUUUGGUGCCUCUCUACAACUAGUGUUUCCAGAACAAGUGAAUAAGUCUUGUUCUGUUCUCCAGAUGUAGGUUCAGGUGUAAUAAGGAUACUAAACUCUGAGGAUUUUAAGGUUUUCAUAAUAAAGGACUGUGUUGCAGCUGCUUUCUGGGAGACCAACUGCAAUCAAAGUGAAAUAUUUACCCUCUAAUUUUAUUAUGCGAGACUAUUUUUCAUGAUCUUGUCAUAACACUGAGAUAUUUAUUCAAGGGACUUUUUUUUUUAAUUGUUUUUUUCCUUGUUCGUAACUCGCCUGAAUCAGAAUGAUUCUUCCUGUUGAACCAAUGCCUCUUGUGCACUUUUGUGAUCUUGUUCAAUACUGUACCCACAGAACUGACAAACUGGUAAAGUCUAGUUUAAUUACAAA